GUUGGGAAAGGCCAAUGGUGGCAGCGAAUGCUACUUGCCGGCUGGAUGAUGGUGACACUGGUGUUGUCACGGAGCUACGCCGGGAACCUCAUGUCUCUCCUGGCGGUGAGACACAUUCCUCAGCCCUACCAAAGCCUCCAGGCGGCGAUCGACGACCCCUCUGUCUCGUUGAUCUGGGAAGCAGAAUCAGCUUAUGUUCAGUCUCUUCGAAGUGCAACAUCUGGUGUAUAUAAAAAGGCCUGGGACCUAGAGGAGAAGGGUCGCAUGCUCUACCAGCGGAGCACAGAGUUCCCGGAGAGUGUGGACAAGCUGUUGAGACCAGGACGCUCUGUGCUCAUUCUUGAGGAGCUCACUGAGAAGGUCUUCGUAGCUCAGGACUUCUCAAACAUAGGUCGUUGUGAUUUUUAUUUAUCAAAAGAGCUUUUUCUGCCACUGAUGUUUGCCAUGAUCGGCCGCAAGAACAGUCCUCUGGUUCCUGUGCUCAGCGCCAGGAUCAGGGCGGUGGCGGAGGCCGGCCUCUACGACUUCUGGAUGAAGGACAUGGUGCCCAACUCCACCUCCUGCGUCCACAUGCCCACCACCACCACCGUCACCGCUACUCUCUCCCUCACUAACCUCUCGGGAAUGUUCUUGGUUCUGGCUGGUGGGUACGUCAUCACUCUCCUCGUGUUUGGUCUGGAGCUCCUCCUGAACAAAUAUUUAACUAAUGAUUUAUGCAGAAAUAUGUCACCGUCACUAGAAUGAAACUCCGUUGUGGAGUAGUGUGUGUUGAGCUGAAGGCCUCUCCUGCCCUGGAUGGAUAUUAUAACUGUGACACUACUCUACUGACACUACCAAAUAUAUUCCUAGACACGCAGGGAGUAUAUACCGAGAGAUGACCUGCUUCUCGGUGUGUAUACACACUCACUGAGAGUUAACUUUAUUCCUGGUUUAUGAUCAUGACUAAAGUAUGGUUUCUGGUUGGUCAGUAAGCUGUUGUUGUUGCCUUAAUAAUAAUCCUUAGGUUCAUAGGUGUUAAGCUCAACACCACACACACAACUACUGGUGAAUCCCACGUUGAUGAAUGGAAUACAACUCUUCCUUGCUAAGGAAUUCAUCGCAUAUUGUAAAAUAAUGUGCUCGACUAAUUACAUGGGCUUAGGAAAUUUUCUUUAAGAAUUAGUAAUGCAUCCAAUUCGUCACUACAUUGAUAAUCUUAUCAACAAACUUCUAUAAAAAAUUGCAAC